AUGCCAUUUUCAGACGGUACUUAUGAGAUGGAUGCGGCUCCCAACUGCGCUAUUUGCAAUGCGCCAGCCUAUCCCGAAUGCCCUUGUGAGGCGGAGCGGCUACAGAUUGCCGUCAAACAGGCCGAGCAGCGGGCUAUGGACGAGAGAAUGGCCGAGAUACGGGACUGGGUGAUCAAUCACGCCCGUCAACACAUCCUCAACGCCUUCGACCGAUUAACUUCUACACGCAAACAAGCGCACUCUUCCUACCUCGCAUCGCUUCCGAACUACGAAGUGUACAUGCGAUACUCCGGUCAUCCGCCAAUACAUCCCAUGUAUAUUGCGCAGCUACAAACACAGAUUGCGGAAGCGCAUGCUGAGCUGAAGCGGGGCAUUGAUGCCGACUGGCGCGCAUCGGUCCUUCGCUAUCCAGAAAUUCUGGACUAUUUCUACGGCCUCAUCGAACUGAGACUUCCUGAUGAUCGGUCGCCAAGGGUCGUAGAGCCGCCUUUCGCUGCGGCAGGGUAUGCGGAUAGAGGCUAUGCAGAUCCUUCGAGGUUAAGUGUAGAGAAAAAGAAGAAAAAGAGACGGGAUAGGGAAGGGUCCAUUCCGCCAGAGAGACAUACUGCGCUGCAUCGGAUCAUGAGAGGUCCACCGCCCGUCCCAACACCUCCGAUUCAGCAUGAAGCAUAUCCUCGACCACCAGGUUCAUACUUCUGA